AGCUGGCUGCGCCGCCCGCCCCUUCCCUCCCCCUGCCGGCUGCGGCGGAGUUCAUUCCCUGGGAUUGGUUUCCAAUGACGGCAUCGCUUUAUUUUUACACCGAUGACCUCAUCGCAGCAGCAGCAGCUCCUCGCGAGUUGAGUGACCAGCGAAAACUCGCUUCUCUCCCUUCUUUCCUCCCCCCCCCCCCCGUUUUGUCCCGACAUUGAAUGACUGCCCAGGGGCUGGCGCCCGCUUUCCACCCGUGGCCGCUGCGGCAAGCCCCCUAAUACUACCCCCCCCCCGUGCAAACUCCCUCCCUCCUUUCUUUUGCUCAGCUCGUCUCAAGACCUCUUCAAGGAGGAAGCAAAAGCUCCAGACGCUCUUCUGUCUCCCCCCCCCGCCUUCUUUCGCCUUCCUCCUCCUCUGCUCUCCCUCCUCAGCCCCAUUCCUGUGCCCCCUCCCCAGAGGAGAAACCGAAACACGGCAAUCCUCCCCCCCCCCUGCAAUGCAAAAGGUCCCCCCCCCUUCCCACGGCUCUGAAGAAGGGAGACGAAGAGGCUGGUGGGAGCUCUCGGUCCUUUAAGAGCCCAAGCAAUUGAUAAGAGGGGAGAAAAAUAGGCUCCAAGUUCCUCUCUGAGGCAGAUGAUGAGAGAACAAAGGUGAAGAAUGAUGUAAUGGCAGGACCAGCCGAAAAGCAUCUUUUGUUUGAGUUGUGAAAUGGUUACUCUAUAGCCAAAGAUGAAUCAGCUGUGAGGGGCUGCUUUGUAGCACAAGCCCUGUCUGACCGUUGCAUCGACUGGGAGCCAGAGGAGGCAUUCAUCUUUGCAGGGCCCUCUCUGCAACAACAACAACAAAAAAAAAUGGGCCUAAUUUUUCUCCUGCCAGUCACUACCAGCAUGACCUCAUACCCUCCGAGCACAAUGGAGUGGCUAAGCCUUUGAGUGGAUAGCCAUUACAUCACCUCCUUGAUUGCCUCCGCUGCAAAUUGGAGAGGAAGGCACGGGAAGGGACUCCUCCGUCCUCGUCGCCCGUCGUUGGGAUGGCUGAUGAGAUGAGCGGCACUCGGGUCAUUGCUGCUGAGAGGCUUGUGGCUCUGCUGGAAAGCGGCACCGAAAAAUUGCUGCUGAUUGACAGCCGCCCCUUUGUGGAGUACAAUACCUCGCACAUCUUGUAUGCCAUCAACAUCAACUGCUCCAAACUCAUGAAGCGGAGGCUUCAGCAGGACAAAGUGUUGAUCACCGAGCUCAUCCAGCACUCGGCCAAGCACAAGGUUGAAAUUGACAGCAAACAAGAAGUGGUGGUAUAUGAUCAGAGCUCAAAGAAUGCAGCUUCUCUUUCCAGUGACUCUUUUCUGACUGUACUUCUGGGAAAGCUGGAGAAGAACUUCAGCUCUGUUCGUCUGCUUAUAGGUGGAUUUGCUGACUUCUCAAGUCAUUUCCCUGGCCUUUGUGAAGAAAAGUCUAUUCUGGUUCCUUCCUGCAUUUCUCAGCCCUGCUUACCAGUCUCCACCACAGGCCCAACCAGGAUUCUGCCUCAUCUUUACCUGGGGUGUCAGAGGGAUGUCCUCAACAAGGAGCUGAUGAAGCAAAAUGACAUUGGCUAUGUACUGAAUGCCAGCAACACUUGCCCCAAGCCGGACUGCAUCCCAGACUCUCACUUCUUAAGAGUCCCUGUGAACGACAGCUUCUGCGAAAAGAUUUUUCCCUGGUUGGACAAAUCUGUGGACUUUAUAGAAAAAGCCAAAGCCUCGAAUGGUCGUGUUCUGGUGCACUGUCUAGCUGGAAUAUCCCGCUCUGCCACCAUUGCAAUAGCAUACAUAAUGAAGAGAAUGGAUAUGUCCUUAGAUGAGGCCUAUAGAUUUGUGAAAGAGAAGAGGCCAACCAUUUCUCCUAACUUCAACUUCCUCGGCCAGCUUCUGGACUUUGAAAAGAAGAUCAAGAAGCAGACCGGCCAAACUGGGCCCUUCAGCAAACGGAAACUUCUGCACUUGGAGAAAACCAAUGAGCAGGGAGUGAGUUCAGAUGGCGGGCACGGCAGCAGCUUCCUCACCUCCCCGCAGCUGUGUGCUGCUGCCUCUACCUCGGAGACUGCGGAGCAGAAGCCAGUGGACUCGCUCAGCCUGGCAGGUCCUCCUUUGUCCUCUCUUGAAGACAGCCCGCUGGUUCAGGGCAUCAUUGGACUCCGCGUAUCCUCAGACAAAGUGGAAGACAGUAACAGGCUGAAGCGGUCGUUUUCCUUGGACAUCAAAUCUGUCUCGUGCGUGGCAAACAGUAACUGCCUUAUGGCUUCAGGACAGGGCUAUUCUUCUUUGGAGGACACCCUGGAAUACUACAAGCAUUCAGCAGCCUUAGAAAGUAGCACCAAGUUAUGCCAGUUCUCUCCCGUCCAGGAAGUUUCAGAACAGACGCCAGAGAGCAGCCCAGAUAAAGAAGAAGCAAAGAUUCCUGAGAACUCCCAGAAGGCCUGGCCCCCUGACGGUCCCAACAAAUGGCAGCACUUAGGGCGAACCACAAGCACCACCCAGAGGUCGUACCCACUGCAUCGGAGUGGCAGCGUGGAAGAUAACUACCGAACGAACUUUGUCUUCGGUCUCUCCACCAGCCAGCAGCAUUUGGCCAAGUCUGCUGCUGGGCUGGGGCUGAAGGACUGGCAUUCGGACAUUUUGGCCCCUCAGGCCUCGGCAGCAUCCCUCACCAACAGCUGGUAUUUUGCCACAGACCCCUCUCGCUUCUAUUCCGCUUCUGCUUUGUACGGCAGCAGUGCGGCCUACUCUGCCUAUAGUUGCAGCCAGCUGCCCACGGGCUGUGAGCAGGCCUACGCGGUACGCAGGAGGGAAAAGCACGGCACUCGGGGCGACUCACGACGGAGCUGGCAUGAGGAGAGCUCUUUCGAGAAGCAGUUCAAGCGGAGGAGCUGCCAGAUGGAAUUUGGGGAAAGCAUCAGGUCGGAGAACAGGUCCCGAGAGGAGCUGGGGAAAGUGGGCAGCCAGUCUAGUUUUUCAGGCAGCAUGGAGAUCAUAGAAGUAUCCUGAGCUUGUUCCACAACUGUGUGACUUUCCCUCCCUUUGUGGGUCAAAUAAUUUCCCUGUAAAUCUGAAAUUUCAAAAAUGCAAACUGGGGGCUUCAGUGCGAAGGAAGUGAAUCUAUACAGUGAGAGCGAGAGAGUGAAUAUAUAUAUAUGUAUGUAUAUUAAAAGAGUAAUUAAAUGGUAAGCCUAAUAACUGCAUGGGGCAAUCAGCUAUUUUCCUCCUGAUCCUUUACCCAUACACAGCCCAUCUCUCUCCUCCUGGUGGAAAUAACAGCUAUUUUGUGAGGGGAUUUUUAAUUCCCCCUGACAACUGAAGCAGUUACAAAGAAUGACAUGUUCUUACCGUAGUUAAGGAAUCUUUCUUUGUAAGAUGGGCAGAUCUUUUCAGUUCUACUGAAUUAUUCUACUAGAAAGCAAAAUGAGGCCCACCUUCCAGCUGAUUCUGUUCUCCAAGUUCUUCAGCAAUGCACCUGAGCCGGUCUGGUGGAAAUGUCCUAUUUCAAGGAAAAUGAAAAUAUAACCCCCUGCUUCCCCCUCCCCACGUUGGUAUCAAGGCUGGGCUGAAAACCAGCUAGGCCUUUGGCUGGACAUUGUAAAUGGUGACUCGGUGGACAGAUUUCACGUUCUGUGUGACAAACCAGUACCUCAAAUGAAAAACAUGGGCAAGUUUUUCUGGCUACCAGAUGAAACAAUGUGAAAAAAAACAAAGAGUGUUUGCUUGUUGGCUUCAAGCAUGGUAUUAAAUGUUGAUGGUCAUU